CCUGCGCGAAGCCAGCCAGCUGCAGGCGACGCAGCACAAGAGGCUUGUAAGACUCCAUAGCACGCCACCACACCGGCCGCACACGAGACGAGUUCUCAUCCACGAAACCAACCUAGCUAGCUACUCCUACGACGUACGGUCAAGGAGAUAGAUCAUCGAGUGAUCGAGGGAGGAGAGGAUGCACCGGUCGGCGAGCUACUACCUGCAGUCGUCGUCGUCGUCGUCGUCGUCGUCGUCGACCGGGGCGGCGGCGCCGGGGCCGAGCUCGACGGCGGGCGCGAUGGACGUGGACCAGCUGCCGACGUAUGACCCGCGGUCGGACGUGGCCAAGAAGGAGGCCCUGGAUGCCUCGCGCGCCGACCUCGCUCGCGCCCUCGUCCACCUCAUCCCCGUCGUCGUGCUCCUCUGCGGCCUUCUCCUCUGGUCGCUUUCCAACACCCAUGUCCCAGAGUUUGGUGUCCUGACAGAGAAAGGAGACGGCCGCACGACGACGGUUGCCCGUGUCAUGAUAAUGCCACAAAACAGUGGAUCUGCAUCGAGCUGGAAAGGCGGAUCAGUUACGACGAGCGCGACGAAGGAUUCAGAUCCCAUAGACAAGGCUCAUGGAAAUGGAACAAAGAGAAGGCUGUUGUUGAGAACCGAAAUGGAGCGUGGCAAACAAUCUAAACCACUCAUGCACUUCAGGGUCAAUAAAUAAGAAGAGGCCAAUAUAAUAUGCCAUAGCGUGUUAGCCAGUUUGUAAUUUAGAAAAUUUUAUUUAUCCCCAUUUGGUUUUUUGUUUC